AUGGGUUCAGUUUCUACUUACAAAAGAAAAGAGCCACAGCCAAACAGCCCCUUUGACACACUACCGGACGAUGUUAUCCAGCUUAUACUCAACAGAGUCAAAGACGCUAAGACCCUCGUUCGUUGCCUCACAUUAAACAAGCGUUUCGCUUCUAUUAUCCCCGAAACCGACGUCGUUUCACUCCCACUCUUCGUCUCUCAACGCCCUCACCACAACAAUAAUCAAAAUAACAAUGGAAAUAAUAACAAUUUUAGCAGGGGCAAUCCUGUAAAUUUAGUUAAAUCAGUGGUCAGUUACCUCAUCGCUAAAUUCCGCCGCCGCAACAACCGUCACAGCAACCGCGGUGGUGAAGGCGAUAAUUCUGUCCCUGAUUCUCUGUGCCAGUGCGCUCCGAAGCUACUCAAACCGUUCCGCCGCAUCACGCACCUUCAUUUCGAGCUCCACACCAUUGGCGGCACCGUCGACAAGGAGUUCCUCAAAUGGAAAGCGAUCUACGGCAGCGAGCUCAAGACUUGCGGUGUUCUCUGCGCGACUUCGUUUCGCCGAUCUAACGACGGCGAGUCGGUGCCGUUGAAAGAGCAACAACAGGAGGAUGAAACGGUGCCUCAUCCGCCGCCGUCGGUGCCGACUGAAGAGUUCAAGGCUCGGAUCAUGUGGACAAUCUCGUGCUUGAUCUCGGCAUCGGCGAGGCAUUUCUUGCUGAAGCAGAUGCUGGCGCAGUUUCCGACGCUGAAGACGGCGACGAUAAGUGAUGCGAGGAGGCAGGGGAAGUUGUCCAUGGGAGAGGACGAGAUCCGAGAUCUGAGGGAGUCGCUGAAGGAGGAAGGCGCGACGGAGCUAACGGCGGAGCGUGUGGUGCCGGACCUUAGGAUGAGGAUGUGGUACGCGCCGGAGCUUGAGCUUCCGGCGGCGAGGUGCGUGCUGAAAGGAGCGACGCUGCUCGUGAUUGGACCUGCUAACAGCAAGGAGGAGAUGGUCCCUCCAGCGGAUAUCGGUUACGACGGUGAUGCGGCAGAGCAGGCGUUGUUCGCGGAGGCGCAGAGAGAGAUCGUGAAGAUGAAGAAGCGGAGUUGCUACGUGAUGGAAAUGACGUCGUUUUGA